CGCGGCGCUACGCAGUGACAACUUUAUCCUAAACAUAAUCUUUUGUCCGGCAUUGCCUUUUCUUUUUCUUUUUUUGUUUUCAAUUCCUGUUAUUGGGGGAGAGUGCAGUAGAUCAUAGCGUCGAAGAUGCCUUUCAACGUCUUGCGGGCAUCCCUCGUGGUGCCUCUCGUUGGCCUCUUCGGCGCAGCGCUCGGCAUCGGGACUUUGACCGACGACGAUUUGCGAAACCUGCCAUCUCCCGGCAGCGAUUUCGACAUUCACAACGGGAAGCUUCUGGCUCCAAUUCUCAUACCGCGAGUGCCGGGCACCGAAGGACAAGUCAAGACACAGCGACACUUUGUUGACUUCUUCAAGAGCAAUCUGCCAGAAUGGGAAAUGCUAUGGCAGAACUCGACCUCCAAGACGCCGGCGACCGGGAACAAUGACAUACCAUUCUCGAAUCUCAUCUUCCGCCGCGAUCCGCCCGAUUCUCGCGAGGGAGAGGUCGGGAGACUGACGCUGGUGGCGCAUUACGACAGCAAGUUGGAACCCAAGGAUUUCAUUGGGGCGACGGACAGCGCGGCGCCGUGUGCAAUGCUCCUACACAUUGCGAGGAGCAUUGAGGGAGCGCUCAAGUCGAAAUGGAGUGCGUCGGGGGCAAAUGACGGGCUGGACGACGAUUUCGAGUCGGAUGUUGGCGUGCAGAUUAUUUUGCUGGACGGAGAGGAGGCCUUUGUGCGCUGGACGCAGACGGACUCCUUGUAUGGUGCGAGAUCUCUGGCCGAGACUUGGGAAUCCGAGUUCCAUCCCACCAUGUCGACUUACAGGACGCCUCUACACUCCAUCAGCCUCUUCGUUCUUCUGGAUCUACUUGGGUCGCCUGAUCCCCGUGUGCCAUCCUACUUCCCAACCACCCACUGGGCGUAUAAGAACAUGGCAUCGCUAGAGAAGCGCAUGCGCGAUCUAGGUCUUCUCGAGUCCAAACCCGCCCAUCCCUUUCUACCAGACGGAAACAAGCAGUCUAGCGAAUUCGGCUACGGAGGCAUCGAAGAUGACCAUAUUCCCUUUCUGAGACGAGGCGUUGAUAUCCUUCAUUUGAUUCCCACGCCUUUCCCUAGCGUGUGGCAUACGAUGCAGGAUGAUGGGGAUCAUCUUGAUAUGCCCAGCGUCCAUGACUGGACUAAGCUGGUUCUAGCAUUCACAGCAGAGUGGAUGGAUUUGUCCGGGCAUUUCCCAAAGGAGCCGCCAAAGUCUAAGAGGAGCGAAACGACGAUUGAACCAAGUAAAAGGACUGAGUUAUGACUGCGUUGGGGGGAAAGAUUAUAUGAUUGAGAAUGCUAGAAAAUGGUUUGAUCUUGGUCAAUGAGCGUUCAUGUUAGUAGACCAUAGCUGGAUGACAAGAAUAUUGCGAAGCUAGCAUUGUAUUGAAGACUUAUUUGUAUAUAUACUGAUAAAUUUGAUCAAAAUCUUCUAUAAGAAUCAUG